CUGAACGAAGUGUAUGUCGUGAUUUUCAUCCGUGACGUAACGUGAUUUCCGUAGUAAACUGUCAAGAAUUGAAAAUAUGUGUCAUUAAACAUUGACAGGAUGUAAUUGGUUCCAACGACAAUGAUAUCAUAAUAAAAAAAAUCGCGAGUGUUUAUUUACAAUCGCAGUGGUCUUUGCCGACGGUUUUCGUUGAUUUUUGUUUACGUUUGUGACUUGAUUGAUUUUUGUAUAACUGAGUUGGGGAGUGGUGCAAUAUAGUGUUGCGUCUGAGGCGUUUUGCAAUGUGUAUAUGUAUAUAAUGAGUUGUUCUGAAGUUAUGUACCAAGCGUAUUAUCCUUACUUGUACCAAAGGGCCGGAGCAGCGCCGCCAGUGUCGGCCCAUCCAGUGCCAAGAACUGGACCUUUUAGUUCGCCCUUCGGGGCUGCACAUCAGUAUGAUAGGUUUAAUGUCCAGAGACUCCAGGAUGCCCACUCGCUAUCCCAGCCUAGUUCCAGUGGGACAGUUAGCGCUAGUAUCGGAGGGUUGGGGGAGUCACACCCGGUCGCGGGACACGGCCUCUACCUCCAGGGCUCCGCUCACAGUUCUGGGGGCUCCGUCAGUUCGACGGGUGGCGCCUCACCCACUAGCCCCCUCAGACCCGGUAAAGAAGAAGAUUGCAGUUUGCACGGCAGGAGUAGCACGGAAGAUCCUCAACACGGGAUCGACGAUGAUGACUCCCAAGAAGCCGGAAGUUCACGUGCUCAAUACGUUUCGGCAAACUGUGUUGUCUUCACCCAUUACCAAGGCGAUGCUGCGUCUGUAGUCGAUGAACAUUUUUCCAGAGCUUUAGAUAAAACGUCAACGCACACGAAAGAAAGUUCGCCGAUGUCUGCUCGAAAUUUCCCGCCUUCUUUUUGGGAUAGUCAACAUUACAGUGGGGUCAGUGGCGGCGGGCCGGGGCAUCAUGGGGCUUCAGCGGCCGAUCUUUAUUCGGAACAUUACCAUCCGGGCGAUGCUUGGUACCAAUACAGUCAACAUCACAGAGCUGUGCACGAUUAUCAUCAUCACAAUAUGGCCGCUCAAUAUGGCGGUCUUUUGCUUCCGGGAUCCAGGCUGCAUAUGGGGUCGCAUGCACCUUGUAAAGCAAUGGAUUGGCAACAUCCGUCUAUAGAUUCGCCCUACUCUUCUUAUCCUACUAUGUCAGGUCUAGAAGCGCAAGUCCAGGACUCCUCCAAGGAUCUGUAUUGGUUCUGAGACAAUCGAUUCUAGUUAAGUGAAACGUGAUUCUAAGUGUAAUAUAAAAAGUACAAACUCUCUUAUUUAAAAACUAAGUUUUUCCUCACAGACAGUUGCAUACUUGAAACGUUUAUUUCAAAUAAAUGUUCCUUAUUAAAUCAGAUCAUUGUGUAACGCAAAUCUGAUGUUAAGUAUUAAAAUUAUUA